UCCAUCUAUUUUAUCUCUCUCCUCUCGAGUUCUGCCAACCAACCAUUCGUUGCAUGCCUUAUCUUCUCCCUCUCUCUUCUAGCUUCGGGAUGAGGUCGAUCCAGGCCAAGGAGGGGCGCGGCCGGCCGGACCUGUGCCGGAUCGAGCCGCGGCGAGUGGUGGCGCAUCAUGCCACGGCGAGCUGCUCCCGCGGCGCAAGCGAGCUGCCAAUGGCGACCACUCACGCGAUCAGCAAGAAGCGGAAGUUCGUGGCAGAUGGCGUGUUCUUCGCGGAGCUUAACGAGCUUGCCGAGGACGGCUACUCCGGCGUCGAGGUCCGUGUCACCCCCAUGCGCACCGAUGCGGGACGGCGGCCACGACGUAGGGCCGCGGCGAGCGGCGACGCACGGAGGCGGCGCUGGGCUAUGGCGUGCGUGGAGAAGAUGGAGUUUGGGAUUGAUUCAAUCAUAGUAGCCCUCUUUGUUUUCUUUCUUUUUUCUUCAAUGAUUCUGGGAUUGAAAUUCUGGGAUUGAAAUUAUGUGAAUGAUUUGGGAUAGAUUAUAUGAAUGAUUUGUUUGUGGAUUUCGAUUGUGA